CUAACCGCUGCCAUAAAGAAGAUGCCAUUCAUGCAGUCUUAGUAGAUGAUUGUAGGCAAUAGUAGCUUCACCUUUUGGAUAGUGUUGCUUUUGUAGACUGCUUACUUUUAUAUAUGUGUAUUAUUAUUUACAGGUGUAGCAUGAUUUUUUUUACGUUGUUUAGAAGUAUAGCAAGACUGAAAUUAAACUAGCAGUGAACUAGCAGUCCGCAAAGUGGUAAGCUGCUAGCCGUGUGCCACUUGAGCUAUUCAACCUGGGCCUUCCGGUCGGAGCUCUACCUAAAGAUAUACACAAACAUUACCUUGGUUUAUCUGAGGUGGUGGAGAGCCGCAUUGUACUCUAGGCUUUUUCUCAGGCUUGUUUAAUACCAAAACCUCCCAGAAAAGAUGGAGGCUCCUCCUGUCACAGUGAUGCCCGUCACCGGUGGCACAAUUAAUAUGAUGGAGUAUCUGUUACAAGGUAGUGUUUUAGACCAAGCCCUGGAAAGCCUCUUGCAUCGCCUUCGUGGUCUAUGCGACAACAUGGAACCAGAAACUUUUACAGACCAUGAACUGGUUUACCUUUUGAAAGGCCAGCAAGGAAACCCUUUCAUUUUGCGUGCCCGGCGUUCUCUAUCGCAUCCAAAUGCUCCAUGGCAUCUACGCUAUCUGGGCCAGCCGGAAGUGGGAGACAAGAGUCGGUAUGCCCUAGUACGCAACUGUGUUGAUAUUUCUGCCUCCCACACCCUUCCAGAAUUCCUCAAUGAGAUGGGCUUCCGCAUGGACCACGAGUUUGUUGCCAGUGGCCACAUAUUUCGCAAAGGUGCUAUGAAAAUUGUGGUUGGCAAGGUGUCACGUCUCUUGGUCCCAGGGAACACUGAAAAUACAGAGCGAAUGUCACUUUCAUCCUUAGUUGAAUUGAGUAUAUUGGCCCCUGCUGGCCAGGACACAGUGUCAGAGGAUAUGCGCAGCUUUGCUGAGCAACUUAAACCUCUGAUUCACCUGGAGAAGAUUGAUCCCACCAAACAGAGACAUUAAGAGUUGAUUUAGUGCUGUCCUGUCCAACUACCAUGGAAAAAUUCUGUUUCUUUUUGAUUAGGUUUAAAUUUUAUACAGAAUGUUUUUAUGUUCUAGACAAUUAAAUGCAAUGCAACUUUGACAAAAA